AUGGAUGACGUCGACAUGAUAAUGGCGUCCCUAGAGAACGGAAUCGCCUCAACAGGCGGUUUCUGUGUCGGUCGUUCAUUCGUCGUCGGUCAUCAACGUCUCUCGGGUCUCGGCUACUGUUUCUCCGCCUCCUUGCCCCCACUUCUCGCCACCGCCGCUUCUGAAGCCAUCGCCAUCAUUGACGAACAACCGGAACGUGUGCAACGUGUCACUCAAAUAUCGAUUGAUGGACAACGAAAACUGGAAACGGCGCUGAAAAACACGAAAUUUAUGGUUCAGGCGUGUCCGGAGAGCCCGAUGAAACAUUUGUAUUACGAGGAGACAGAUGAGACAGUGGCGGAUCGAAAAUUGAAUGAAUUGGUGGAGAAAGUGUUUGAGGAGAACCGUUUGUUGGUCACCAGAGCAAGAUAUUUGGAUAAAGAGGAGAUUUUCAAGUGUCGGCCGAGAAUUGUCCAAAACGGAAAUAGUGUCUGUCUGGUCACCAGAGCAAGAUAUUUGGAUAAAGAGGAGAUUUUCAAGUGUCGACCGAGCAUCCGCGUCAUGUUUCAAUACGAUUUGACUGAGGAGGAGAUCAAUCGUGCUGUGGAAGCGAUUGGAGCAGCUGCUCGUCAACUUUAA